AUGAUUUCAGUCUUGAGUGGCUCUUCCAACAAUGCACUAAUGAAAGUGGGUCUAGGAUCUUCUUUUGUCCCUAAGUUUAUCUCCUACAGUGGAUCUUCCACUUCUGGUAAAGAAUCAUAUAGUGCUGCUGGUGCAAAAUCUAGUACUUCCUCCUACAAACUCUCUUCCUACUCUUCAGUGCUCUCCUGGGUGAAUUCUGUCAACAAUCCUGUAUAG